UUCAACAACAAACCUCGCAAUUGAAGAACUACAAUCAACGAAAUCUUUGCAGUCUACUUUGCUUAAAAACUGUGAGAGUCAAUCAACUUUGAACAAACAUGGCGAACAUCAUGGUGGGCUUUAUAGGAACGUUGGUGAUGAUGAUGUGUGUGGUGACGUCAUCAGAAGCGCACACCAUACAUGGACGCAGUGAGGCAGGGACCACACCGUCCGUUGGCCAGACCGAUUAUGACGAAAUGAUGUUAUCAGAAAUGAUGACGUCAGAGGAGGAGGCUGAAGUGGAUGACAUGUUUCCUGCCCAGACGAGAGAUGACCUCAAACUUGAACUCAUCUUAAAGGCACUCGUGAUCUUGAAGUCAUAUGAAAGUGAUUCACCGUUUGUACCAGUUUGGUUGCCACCCUAUGACAGCAUGCCCGACGAACUCAAACUCCAGCUCAUCUUGAAGGCGCUUAUUUUGUUGAAGAACAGACCACUUGACUCCAAGUUUGCUGGACACCCAAUUGGUGAAUUGAAACUCACACUGAUACUGAAAGCCCUCUGGAUUAUAAACGAGCACAACACUAACUUGGAUAUCGUUAUUAGUACAGGGGAUCUCAAGCUCGCCCUGCUGCUGAAGGCAAUUGAUGUUCUAGAGGUUUACAGCGGCGAAUACAAAGACAUUGUUUUCUUCACGAAAUCCAAGCAACAACUAAAACUAAAACUCAUCCUACAAGCGAUCACGCUCCUGAAGCAUGGCAACUGGCCCAAAGACAUCGACUUCUGGCCAAUGGGUGAGAAGGAAGAAGGAGAAGGCAGCCAACCAGAGGCCACCACAACAGAGCAGACGACGCUUGCGUCUGAAACAACACCAAAGCUGACAACUGAGAAAACUGCAACGAUUGAGGGCGCUAUAAACGAGACUGUAACUCGCGCAAAACCAACAUCCUACACGACUGAGGUGACAGAAGACACCACCAUGGCAACAACCGCCACACCGAUGAUGACGCAAGGAAGAAGAGGUCGUGGGGACAUACCGGCAGAAAACAAGGAAACGGUCACACGAGGAAUUAGUCAAGUUUUCAAGUGGUUGAAAUGGGUGCCUAAAGUCCAUGUACAGCACAAAAAGAAACACCACGUUUUCCACUAACUCUGAAUUGGUCUGGGCACAAGUUAAUAAUAUAACAUUUCUGUUCGAUUAAUUAGAUUUCAUUUCAAAGCUUCAUAAAAGCUCCUUUAACUCGGUGGCUAUUUACAAUCUUUUCCAUUAACUAUAAGAUAUUUUGGACAAUCCUCAUCCACAAAUCAUGAGCAACUCUGACCAUGUAUAAACAAUUUAAAACUCCGCACAAUGCUUUCAAAUACUAGUAGGUAUACCUUUAUUUUCUGUUGAAGGUUUAGUUUUAGGUUUAGUUAUGUUAGACUCUACAAUGGCAUAUUAUAAAUAUAAAAAUACAAAUCGAUACAUAAGGGAACAAAGAAGCAAAAUAGCUUUACAAAAAUACCAAACCAGUGAGUGGUGAGGAGGAACAGCAACAGGUGACCAGCACCUCUACAAAACCUUCCUGCAUCAAAUAAUGCUCCCUAAUUACCACCCGCAGUUAAAAGAAAACACCCAUUCCACUAUAAAAUAAUAUAUAAAACAAAUAAAAUAGGGGGUGCUUGAAGGCGGGACUGACAGUUAUAAACGACAACAAGAGUAUACGGGCAAUGUGACUUUAAUUCAGGUUGCGGUAACGUCCAGUCUAAUUUUAGUGUGUAGCUAUGUUCAUGAAAACUUGGUUUAGAAUUCUUGAGUUUAUAAAGACAGUUGGUAUCGUCUCCCACAUUCCAAAACCUGCUCCAGCGGCAGUAGAUUGCAAGACAACAUUCUCAGGAACAAGUCUACAUAGCAACCAUUGUGAUACCGUAAACUGGUUAUUAUAGACCUUUAUCACGGUGUGGUGAAUCUUGAUUUUCCUCCAUUACAACUCAUUGUAACCAAACUGAGACUGGCCGAAAUAAUAGUCUGGUGCCAUGCGCAAUGAAUGUUAGCACUCAUGUCUGUUAUUGAAAACGGGGAACAUGACCAAUAAGGUGACAGCGCGAUAAAGGUAUGUACUUUCACCCUCACCAUCAUCCUCGUGUAUCUAAGGAGUUAUUUUGGCUUUCAGAGGUAUUCCGAACCCCAAGUUUUAAAGUUUGCAACGGUCCACUAGCUCAGCUUAUAAAUGCUUUUGUACUCUUAAUGGAAGCAUUAAGAAUAAAGAAAGUCAUCUGACUUAAUUAUAUAUAAAUUUCAUUUUCUUGUUUUAUUUAUAGCAUAACUUUUUUCUCUCUCAAAUUUGUAUGGUUCUUGAGAACGCAGAGUUUGUUAAAAUAAAAAAAAAUCAUGAACACUA